CGCGCGCGAAGGUCGUCAGCGCUGCCACGGCCGCCCGCCCGUCUGUCGUAAACAAAACACUAACGGUCGACGGACCCGCGACUCGUGUGACUGCCUCGGGAGUGCCAUGCCAUGGUCUGUCAGUCGAAUUGUAUGUGAUAUGAACAGUUCGCGUCGUGCAGGCUACGAGGGGUAAACGGCCGCCGGCCGCCCACGGACUAUAGUAGUGCUCGUAGUAAACGCAUACCAGUUACAAGCAGAUGCACCACAUUUUCCCGCCUAAUAGAAAUCUUGCGUCAGCAACUGAGGUUCAAGAGUAAAUCCAAAAUGAUGGACGGACCACUUAGUAGUUUCUUACAGAAAUAUGACACAGAAAUUGGUGGAGGGGUGUGGCGGUGAGAGAUCAUGGAGGGCGCGGACGGGAGCGACGAUCUGUUGGACUGGGAGGCUCUAUACCAGUUCCAAGUGCGGAACACCACGUGGAACUCAACGGAAUGGGCGCCCAGUGCAUGGAACUCCACGACAACGCACGACACCUGGUGGAAUUCGUCCGCGCCCUUCGAUUCGCCCGCCGCCCUCAUACGUGCCGCAGCCAAGGCAGUGCUCCUGGGAUUACUCAUUUUGGCAACAGUUAUUGGUAACGUGUUCGUAAUAGCAGCCAUAUUGCUUGAGAGGCAUUUACGCAGCGCUGCGAACCAGUUGAUCCUAUCGCUGGCGGUAGCUGAUCUCCUGGUGGCCUGCCUGGUGAUGCCCCUCGGAGCGGUGUACGAGGUGGCCCAGCGCUGGACGUUGGGCCCCGAGCUGUGCGACAUGUGGACCUCGGGCGACGUGCUGUGCUGUACCGCCUCCAUCCUGCAUCUGGUUGCCAUUGCACUUGAUAGGUAUUGGGCUGUGACAAAUAUUGAUUACAUCCACGCGCGCACUGCACGUCGUGUUGGAUACAUGAUCGCGUGCGUUUGGGUCGCGAGCUUCCUUGUCUGUAUAGCGCCACUGUUGGGGUGGAAAGAUCCCGACUGGCACCGACGCAUCUCCGAGGAUCUCCGCUGCGUCGUCAGCCAAGACGUGGGCUACCAAAUAUUCGCAACCGCAUCAUCCUUCUACGUACCUGUGCUAGUGAUUCUAAUACUAUACUGGCGGAUAUACCAGACGGCUAGAAAAAGAAUAAGGAGGCGACAGGGAACGACGACUAGAGGAGUGGGACCACCGCCCGUUCCGGCGGGCGGAGCUUUAGUCGCGGCUGGUGGCAGUGGUGGGAUCGCCGCCGCUGUGGUCGCGGUCAUCGGUCGGCCGCUGCCCACCAUAUCCGAGACGACCACGACGGGCAUCACUAACGUGUCGUCAAACAACACGAGCCCAGAGAAGCAGUCCUGCGCCAACGGUUUAGAAACUGACCCGCCAACGACGGGUUAUGGAGCGGUCGCCGCCGCUUACUACCCGACGCUGGUUCGUCGCAAACCCAAAGAGGCGGCCGACUCCAAGAGAGAACGCAAAGCAGCGAAGACAUUAGCAAUAAUAACCGGCGCGUUUGUCGCGUGCUGGCUCCCUUUUUUCGUAUUAGCUAUUUUAGUGCCGACGUGCAACUGCGAAGUGAGUCCAGUGCUCACGUCGCUGUCGCUGUGGCUGGGCUACUUCAACUCGACGCUGAACCCUGUGAUAUACACGGUGUUCAGCCCGGAGUUCCGCCACGCGUUCCAGCGGCUGCUGUGCGGGCGCCGCGCUCGCCGCCGCCGCGCACCCCCCUAGUCCUGCUAGCGCCCUAGUGCCCUAGUGCGCUAGUGCCCUAGUGCCCUAAUGCCCUAGUGCUCUAGUGCUCUAGUGGUCUUGUGCCCUAGUCCCGCUCUGAGAAUCUCGCGAGCCUUCACCCCGAACCCGACUGACCUCAUCUAGCUCGAUACCAUACCACUUUAUCUUGUUACAUUUUCAGAGAUAUAUUUACACUCCCUUGUUUUUUUGUACGUGAUAAAUAUGAAUACGAAUAAGAGUAAUAAGAUAUCUAGUUUAUAUUCAAUAAAUUUUAAGUACUUAUAGGUUAAAUACAACUUUUUUUAAAAUAAGUCAUGUGUAAAUUUUUUGUAAAUUAAGUUUAAUAAGUAAAUCAAUCUAAACUUAGAUACAAUAGAACUUACUGUGAUCAAUGAGUGUAGUCGUGAACAUAAGGUAGGUACUAAAUAUGUAUAGGAAUUUGAAAUAUCAUUAAAUAACUUAUGAAGACGUGUUUCAGUUACCUAUAGUAUCUUAUAUUUUUUGUUUUGAAAUA